UCCGCCCGUUCGGUGCGUCACACGCCCGUCAAGUGACGUCGAGGGUUCUGCAGGUGCUGGAAGAGGCGCAGCGUUGGCGUAAUUCACACGUUAAAACAUCUCCAGCGAUGGCUUCAGCUACAGAUAACCGCUAUGGCCAAAAGGAGUCUUCUGACCAGAACUUUGAUUACAUGUUCAAAAUCCUGAUCAUUGGCAACAGCAGUGUGGGAAAGACCAGCUUUCUGUUUCGUUACGCUGACGACUCCUUCACUCCAGCUUUCGUUAGCACAGUAGGCAUCGACUUCAAGGUGAAGACCAUCUACAGGAAUGACAAGAGGAUCAAGCUGCAGAUCUGGGACACGGCAGGGCAGGAACGCUACAGGACCAUCACUACAGCCUACUACAGGGGAGCCAUGGGCUUCAUCCUCAUGUAUGACAUCACCAAUGAAGAAUCUUUUGCUGCUGUUCAGGACUGGUCUACACAGAUAAAGACAUACUCAUGGGAUAAUGCCCAGGUUCUUCUGGUGGGCAACAAGUGUGAUAUGGAGGACGAGCGGGUGGUCGCCGCUGAGAGGGGCAGGCAACUCUCUGAACACCUUGGCUUCGAGUUUUUUGAGGCCAGCGCCAAGGACAACAUCAACGUAAAGCAGACGUUCGAGCGGCUGGUGGACAUCAUCUGCGAGAAGAUGUCCGAAAGCCUGGAUGCCGCUGACCCCGCCGUCACAGGGGCCAAACAGGGGCCGCAGCUGACCGAGCAGCCUGCCGCUCCACACCAGGACUGUGCGUGCUAAAAGCUAAAAUACCCCCUCCCCCAACCUUUCCAAAUACACUGCCCUGCGCUACCACAUCCAGGAAAAAAAGAGUUUAAAAAACAUAUAAAGGGUUAGAGAAAAAAAUAUAAACGUCUAAGCUCCUCCCACAAUACACAUUCCUCAACUGUGUUUUUGUUUGAGAUUGUUGUUUGAGUUUGUGAGAUCAUUUCGUCCCCGUGACACUAUUUUUAUCAGUACGUCCACUUUGCUACCCACCGCUGUCUCAGACGUGGUGAGGGAAAGCCAUAUUACACUUUAAGAUUCACUUUACGAUACGGUUUUAAGAUUAUGACCUAAGUUUUGCGAAGCACAAAUCAUGACUUUGUGUGUUAGCUUCUUUGCUGAACCCUCUGUUUCUUCUGGCCUUUAUGUGCCAUUUUUUCACCUGUUCUUUUUUUGUUUUGUUUUUUUAACCUUUCUUCCAUUUCAAAACAUUUGUAUACUUUUUUGUCUUUUUAUUUGUGCUCAUGCCCUCUCCUUUUGUUAAAUGAAAUAUGAACAAAGAAUAGAGGAGAAAUUUCUGUAUAUUUAUUCCAAAUGUGUAUAUAGACAAUGUGCAGUAUUUAAUUGAUACAGAUAUAGUAACAUAUUCAGAAAAAAAUGUUUUUGAAAAUGACAUCAUUCAGAAAAUUAUGAAGAGAACAACAUAAGUCAUGUUAAUGUUUUUGUGGUAAUCCUUUGCAUCGCUCCUUACAAACCUCCCCUGUAGCCGAAUUGAAACCGAAUUGUAGGUGUACCUUUAGUCACUGGACUGCCUCAUCUUACCUCCUUCAUGAGACUUGUGAAAUUCAGAUGUCAUCCACAGAUAUUCCUCAGUGUAAAAAAUGCAUGGAAGGAAAUGAAGCCAUUUCGGCGAAUAGUUUUAAGAUUGCACUGUUGAUUUAGAUACAAACACUUCAGUCUGUGUUCUUGCAGUCACACUGUAGUAGCAGCAGGACUUCUCUUCUGACACUUUUACAUGAAUAGUUCAGCGUUUUCAGUCCAGUAGUAUUUUCCCUGUAUUUAAAGAAGAGAAACUAUUCGAAAUGCAUUUGUGGUAGAAUCCAAGAAUAACAAUUUUAAAUAUGUUUUGAAUCAAUGUCUUUUGCGAAAUACAGGGCAACAUGCAAAAACAUAUGUCUGCAUUAAUUAAUAAGUGAUAGAUAAAGAUUAAAAAGCUGGAAUAUUUUUUAAAAUAUUCCAAACCCCAAAACCACACUGCGUUUUAUGAUCCUUUUAAUAAGGUCCAACCCAGUGCAGGACGUUCUUUUUUCCUCUGUAAUGUAAAAGCCAAGUUGAGAGCAUUUUCUCAUGUUGUAAAUGUGUAUUUGUAAUGUUAAAAGGCUGAUAGUCAGGACUGUUAAGAAACUUACGUAAUCUAGGCAUUAUUAUUUAAAAAAAAAAAAAAAAAAGGCGAUGAUGGCAAACGAGAACCCAGUGCGCCUGAAUUAACACUUUUGUGACUUCAGUGAACUUCCCCUGUACUACCAACCAGACAAUUCCCAGCUUUUUUUUCCUUUGCUAUGCUGUCUUCCUGAAAACUACUGUAAAUACGUUGGAGUCUUUAGUUUUCUGUGUGGACUGUGCUGUAUUGACUCUGGGUAAAACAAGAAGAGAUAAGAAAAAAAUAUUUAAAAAUUAUUUAUUAAGUAUGUGCUUUAUCUGCUAUUGUGUAUGCCUGCUUGUGAAUGAAUGUGUCACUUUAUUACAAAGCAAUAUUGAAAAUAUGUUUUAAAAGUAUUAUUCAUUUUAUUGUUUUGUUACAUCCUUCGUAGAAUGAGAAGAAUAUCUAGGAAAUGCAAAAAAUAAAAAGUACAUGGAAUUCUCACAAAUUUGCAGGAACGCUUCUUAAAUGUGUGUGUUGGUACGUCAUUCAGAAUGUCUGAUCCUUCUGUCCCAGUAACACAAGGAUAAUUGAACAGAAGAGAUAAUGAAGCCACCAGUUUGACACCAAAAAGCAGACCAGAUUUCCAGACAGACCCUUUGUGUUCUUGGCCUGUUUCCACUUCUGUACUUUGCUAGAAUCACAGCAAAGCUAGUGAGCGUCAUGUGAAAUUGAUCUACAACAUCAACACAUCAACAGGAACCCUGCUGGUAGUUUCUGUAGCAGAACUCCUGCUCGUUGCUUUAGCGUCUUACUUUUGUUGGUUUAUUUUACAUGGUUUUUCUGCACUCUCUGAUUUCUAUGCUUCAUUGUGAUGCUUUCUUUUCUACUUUCUUUUCUAAUUUUCUUUUUCUAAUAUGGAACUUCAGUGUAUGUCAAGAAAAUGAUCAACUAUUAUGCAGUAGUAAAUUUACUCGAAAUACAAUAAGGGGUAUUGGUGUCAAAUGUUCAAUGGUGAAAUUUACCAAACCAACUGUCUAUGUUGUGAAAUUUACUGAAAUGAAAAAAAAAAAAACAAUAAAUAAAGGUUUGUGCUGUAAAAUGA